AUGGCUACUUCCCACCUGUCGGACAUGGCGUCCAUUCGGCGCUCUGUUUGGAAUUCGCGCGCUGCCCAUCCAAAGGUGGUCCAGAUGGAAUUGUUGGCACAUCAGCUGGCUUGCCAGGAUUAUAGCGUUGAUAUCCUUCGACAUCUUAUCGACAUUGAACAAGAGAGCCGUCCGUGCCUUGCGAGCUUUCAAGCUCAACCGGAAAUAAACACUCACAUGCGCUCCUUGAUCUUUGACUUCACCAUGUGUUGCCACACAAGGCUGGCCCUCUCGUCUUCCACCUUGUUUUUGUGUUUCAGCAUUAUUGAUCGCUACUGCAGCCGCAUCAUUGUGAAGAGCUCUACUUAUCAACUUGUCGCGCUUUGCAGUCUUUGGCUAGCAUCCAAGUACACCGAUAAAAAACCGCGGGUGCCGAGCUUGCGUGCCCUUCAAAGCCUGUGCUGUAACCAAUAUUCCCGCUCCCAAUUCCUCGAAAUGGAGCUUCACAUAUUAAAGGCCCUUAAUUGGACUCCAUGUAACGCCCCUUCUCAUGACGUUUUUGUUGAUAUCCUUUUGAAAAAUAAAAUCAGCUCCUUGAGCUAUAAGGGGCUGAAUAUCAACGACUUAAAAUAUGCUAGCUGCGUAUUAUGCGAGUUGGCUUGUUUCGACCAUGUUUUAGCUUUUGAUUGUAAUGCGAGUGCCGUGGCCCUUGCUGCUGUUACAGUUGCCACUCACGCCCUCAGGCUCUCUGUCGACAAUAAGUUCAUGCACUAUGGAGUCAUGCUCAAAGAUGCCAACUUACAGCGCGUUUGCGAUUUAAUUUUGAAAAGACUUCGCUCUCGUAGCUUCCCCUCAAGUUUCAAGUUAAAAUACUUGGGUCAAAACACUGUAGAAUCAAAUCCAAUUCUGAAGAGUUUGAUAGAGUAUGAUCUAAUGAUUGCUCAAACUCAAGCUCCGCCUAUCACAGUCAAUAGUACUUUGCUAUCGCCAGCGUCUCAACAAGGCGAAGGUAACUCUGUCAAUGUCAGCCCUGCCUUUGGCAACAAUAAGAAUGAGUAUCCUUCUAUGCAUCCAUUCAGAUCCCCACGCGGCCGUAUACCACCUACGCCCAGUACUCCGUUGUCCAUGGGAAUGAAGAUCAACGUCAAAGCUGGACCUGGAAUAGACACACCCCAAUCCGCAGCUUUGUCAGAAGAUCCAUCAAAGUACAUUGCAGACGGCUAUUCGUCUCAAUCUGUGAAGUCGAACAUUUCUCGGCCAGCUAUGGUCAAGAGAUCUGAGUCAAAACGGAAGUCCGCUUGUAUGGAUAUGGAUUACUUUGAAUUCACCGAAUUUCCCUGUAAAAGGUCAAGGUAA